GUGAAUUUAUAGAUGCGCAGGGAUCUCACACAGAGGUUCCGUAAAGCGGCUUCCGGUCUCUCCGGUCCUUUCCCUCUGCUAAAAGGUUCAUCAUGUCGGCCCAUCUGCAGUGGAUGGUCAUCAGGAACUGCUCCAGCUUCCUCCUCAAGAGGAACGGACAGACCUACAGCACUGAGCCCAACAACCUGAAAUCCAGGAACUCUUUCCGUUUCAAUGGUUUGGUGCACAAGAAGACUGUAGGAGUGCAGCCAGCUGCAGAUGGCAAAGGUGUUGUCGUCGUGCUCAAGAAGCGUAGAGGCCAGCACAAGCCUGCUGGUUCUUAUGAGAAGAUCACCAUCAAUAAGAACUCCCGUGCCACUCUCAACAGCCUGAGGCACAUUAUUCGCAAGAACAACUACAGGAGGGACCUGCGCAUGGCCGCCCUGCGUCGUGCCAGUGCCAUUCUGAAAAGCCAGAAGCCCGUUGUGGUCAAGAAGAAGCGUACCAGGGCUGCAAAGACAGCAUAAACUGAUACACAUGAUAAAUCAAUAAAUGUUUUUGUUGAGAAAAAAACA